AUGCUGAAAACGGCACAGGAGAUGCUUCAGUGGGCUGUGGAGAAGAACGGCUAUGUCGUCUCUCCCAAGAUUAGUCUGAAAGAUUACACUGAUGUUAACAAAUCGCUUGGAAUCGGUAUUGUUGCAGUUGACAAUAUUAAGGCCGAUGAAACCGUGGUUUUCUUUCCCAAGGAUAGCGUUAUGAAAGUGUCCGGUUCUUACCUACAGCAUCUUGAAGGGAUUGAGGAACUUCCAAAUUGGGCUGCUCUGUUAUUACUCAUGAUGAAUGAGAAAAACAACCCAGAGUCGUUUUGGAAGCCAUAUAUCUCGGUAUUUCCAACAAAAGAAAGGAUUACUUCUUUGUUUUAUUGGGAUGCCGAGAAGCAGAAGCGUCUUCUAAAGUCUACUGUGUUGGAAAAUAUGCAGGAUCGUUCGGAGGUAAAGACAGUUUGGAAAGAAACGGUUCUCCCCUUCAUUGAUAAAAAUAAGUCCAAGCUUCGUGAGGGCUUGACACUGGAGGACUUUGAACACAUGGCAGCUGUUAUGUCUUCUUACAGUUUUGAUGUAAAGAGAAUUAAAACUGAAAACAAUGAUUCGCAGAAAGCUUCUAAACAGAUGGAUGUUGACAAUAGUGAGCAUUCUGAGAAUAAUGAAGAUGAUUCCGAUCUGGAAUCUGAGUAUGAUCCAGAAGUUUUUGAGAAGGCUAUGUGUCCUAUUGCCGACAUGUUCAAUGGUGAUGAUGAAUUGUGUAAUGUUCGCAUGUACGACUUGGAAGACGGGUACCAUAUGAUGGUUACUCGAGAUAUCGAAAAGGGAGAACAGCUUUGGAACACGUAUGGUGACAUUGAUAACGGAGAACUUUUGCGCAAGUACGGUUUUACGAAGCCUGACGGCACGACUGCAGAUUAUGUCUUAAUGAAGCGCGAACAGUGGGCACCCCAAUACAUUCAAAAGCUUGGAGAAGAGGAAUUUCAGAGACGCUUGGAAUUGCUAUUGGAGGAGGACGUUAUUACAAACUUAGAAGGUGACUUUUGUUUUGGACGUGACAGUUAUAAUGUCACAGAUGCUUGUUUGACGCUUGUCGCAAUGCAUAAGCCUACUUUGUCGAAGGUUCCUAAAAAGUCAGAGAUUGUUCCUGGUACUUACGACGAACUUGUUGACUUGCUGGAUCGCUGCGUGAAGCAAUACACUGUUCUCGAAAACGAUGAGAGUGAUUUUGAUGCGCAAAAUGCCAACGUUAUUGUAAAAAACGAACUUCGCAUUUGGCGUUUAAUGCGUAAACAUGUUCGUGACUUGAGUCAGAAAAAAGAGACUCAAGCCAAAAAGAAACGUAUGAAGUUGAGUUGA